AUGGAUGAUACGCCCAAGCCUAGGAAGAAUUAUCUGAAGACUUUUUGGGGCAAGGUGAAGCGAGGAUGGCAGAGGCUGGAAUUGGAUAUCCACACGGUGCUGCAGAUGAUGAAGUAUCAAGCCGACUCGGUAUCCGCAGAAUUCACCACCCUCGGCUACAUGGUGGCUAUCAUCUCCGUCCUCGGAUUCGCCAUCAUGCCUCGGGCCAAGUUCAUCCAAAUGAUGCUUCUUGACGUGCUAGCAGUUUGCGUAGCAAUUUCAAUCGCCCUGCUCAUGAUGUACUGUUGUAUCCAUUCACGACAGCAUGCGACGACAGGCUACCGGACCGCGCUUGGAGCUUACAAUUCGUCUGCAUCCGCUGUCAGCGGCGUGUGGCUUUUCUUUCAGACAUUCAUGGUGCAUUCUCUUCGUGCCAAGUUCCCGCAGUUCCAGUUUCCGGUUAUCAUCUAUUCGAUUAUUGCGGUGGUUACCAGUACCUAUGCACCUCAGUUUACGACAAUGGCUGCAUCAAUCAGUUUUGCUACGAGACUCCUAAAGGCGUGUAUGACGGGUUUGGCGCUUACAACAGGAGUUUCUCUAUUUAUUUUUCCUCUGUCCACCAGGACGGUUGUUUUCAAAGAAAUGGCAGGAUACAUAGGAGGGCUGCGCGCGGCUCUCAAAGCACAUUCAAAUUACCUUGAGACCCUCGAACGCGACGACAUGUUCGGCCGCACAGAGACAUUCGAUGAAACAGUCGAGAAAAUGGGCAAAAAGGGAAAGGUCUACAGCUCCGAAGCACAAGCCAUCCAUGCCGCAGUCCGGAAAAUCACCGAGCUCCACGGAAAACUCCAUGGUGAUUUGACGUUUGCCAAGCGAGAAUUUGCCUGGGGAGAACUGGGCCCUGAUGACUUGCAGAUGACUUUCAAACAACUGCGCAAGGUUAUGAUUCCGGUUGUCGGCAUUGGAUUUAUCGUGGAUAUUUUCCAGCGUCUUUCGGAAUACAACAAGUGGAAUGAACCUAUUGAUCCGAAUGCAAAUGAUGCCCCGACUGAUGCGAUCCGCCGACGGGUCGUGCAAGAAUGGAACGAUAUCAUGAGGGCGGUUCACGACCCGUUUGCUUCUAUGAUGGAAACCAUCGACGAAGGAUUACAGCAUGUUUCCUAUACGAUGAGAUUAACCAAGCCACCGAAGAAGAAGGCUGCUCCUAGUCCUGCAAAUUCUGACAUGUCUGACAACAAGGAUGGGGUGGAUAUUGAGGCAGAGGCCGGAAAGGUUGAACCCGGCGAGAAAGGGUUCGCAGAGCAUUUCCAGCGCAAGUUGGGUGAAUUCCGGGUGGCCAAGAAAAUUGCAUUGCAGACUUGGGCUGAAGAGAAGGGUCUGAAAUUACCGGAUAACUUUUUCGAUCAUCCCUCGUCUGUGGAGGAUAUUGAUGAUCUUCCUGCAGACGUCACGGGAUUCAGCAGGGAUAGAAACCGCCGGCAGCUCUAUCUGUUUCUUUUUAUGGAACAAUUGCUAUACGCAUCAGGACAGACAGUUCUGGAGUUCGUCCAAUUCGCCGACGAGAAACGCGACAGCGGCAAACUGUCCAGGACACGUCUCAUCGUCCCAGGAGGAAAACGCAUGGCUAAAUGGCUCUCGAGCAUUUUCCAUGUAGGCGACACCCACGAAGACGACAACAUCGGCGACAUCAACACCCAAGGCAAUAUCCUGCAACUUGGAGAGGCGUACAAAUUCCGAAAAGACCCCGAGCAUCUCCCACCCCAAACCGCUUUCGAAAAAGUCGGAGACAGAGUGCGCAUGUUUUCCUUCAUGUUACGCUCAACUGAAUGUGCCUAUGGCUUUCGAGUAGCGUGUGCGACUAUGACCAUUGCCAUUGUCGCUUAUCUCUACGAUACGCAGGAGUUCUUCGUCCGGCAACGCUUGUUCUGGGCUAUCAUCAUGGUUAAUCUUAGUAUGUCACCUACGUCGGGGCAGAGUAUCUUUGGUUUCGUGCUACGGAUCCUUGGCACUAUACUCGCCAUGAUCGUCUGCUUCCUGUCAUGGUACAUCCCCGAUGAGCACACAGCAGGAACCUUGGUAAUCUUCUUCAUUUUCAUAUCGUGCGCCUUCUACGUUCCCAUCAAGAUGUUCCGCUUUCGAACCAUUGGAAUCAUCACCAUCAUCACAGCCUCAAUGAUCAUCGGCUACGAGCUACAGGUCCGCAAGGUUGGAGAGCAAGUCGCUACAUCCAACGGACAAGCAUACUACCCAAUUUACCUCCUCGCGCCCUAUCGACUGGCGACUGUGGCAGGUGGUAUCGGGGUUGCGUUUAUCUGGACCUUCUUCCCGUAUCCCAUGUCGGAGCAUUCCGUGCUUCGACAGAGUCUGGGAGCUUCGUUGUAUCUUCUGGCGAAUUACUACUCGCUUAAUCACGAGACCGUCUCCGCACGGAUUCGGGGCGACGAGGGUGACAUGACGCUCAAGACUUCUUCUGGGCGUAGACUUGAGAAGGCACGGAAUCAAGUAUUCUCGAAACAGAUGCUGAUGUUGAAUGGUUUGCGGACAUACUCCGGGUUCUUGCGAUGGGAGGUUCCAAUUGGAGGCCGGUUCCCUAAGAGGCGAUAUGACUCGAUUAUCAAUUGCAUAGAGAAUAUCAUAAACUACCUGUCUUUGCUAGGCUACGCCUCUGAAGUCCUCUCCAAACUCGGCGCCGAAGAGUCCGAAUCUGCCUGGAUCCACGACUUCAAGGCUCUCAUUACUCAAGCCCGCAUCACGACCCACGAAAUUACAUCUGUUCUCUGCCUCCUUUCAGCUAGUAUCACCAACCGCCAACCAUUGCCUCCUUACUUGAAGACGCCCAGACCGUACAGUUUCUCAAAACGGCUCGAGGCGCUGGACAAGGAUAUCCUGAGUAUCAGACAUAUGGCUGAACCGGGGUAUGCGGCGUUUUCGGUGCUGCAGAUUUCGACGAGAUGCAUUGUGGGUGAUGUAGAUCGGUUGUUGCGGGAUGUGAAAGCAUUGGUCGGCGAGCUGGACUUCUCCUUCCAUGCUGUCAGCACCCGCGACCCCUCGAAGUCGUCGAUGAACGUCACGAGACAAUCUAUGUAUGCAUCGGGACUGUCGAGAGCUUCUUCGUUCCGGGAUAAAAACGAUUAG